CAAUUGUAUACGUAAGUUAAUAAAUAUUCGGACAUAAACAGUCAUCAGAUACAUUAAUGUAUGUGUAUCUAUGUGUGUUAAUGAGUGUAUCUAUGAGUACAUUAGAUACAUUUCAAUGUACGGAAACGCCUGAGAAAUGAAAAUGCCAAGAGAAACCAAACAGCAAAGCAUGAUCAACAAUAACACUAUAGCAUUUAGUUUGUGUUUAUACAACACGCGAAUUGCAGCUCGAGAAACAAAAAUAAAUAAAUAAGAAUAAUUAAUAAUAAUAAUAAAUACAAAUAUUAUACUAUAAAAAAAGAAACCGAAAGUGUAUAAGGAUUAAUAUCGCAGACUUCGUUAAAAUUGAUUUAUCUAAAUGAGAAUCUCAAAAAGUGUGAUUUGUAUAAAAUAUCAAUAAAAAAAUACAAACAAGCAACAAGCAAGCAAACAAACAAUAUCAAUUGUAUUAAUUGCAAAAAACAAUGACUUUAGAUGAAAUGCAAAAUGGUAACGUUGUGACUUCACUGAAGACAAAUUCUCAAAAUCACAAUCUACAAAUGGAUAAAACAAAUCUAACAAACGAACGAAAUUUCCACCAAAAUAAUAACAAUAUUAACAAUAAUGUAAAUAAUGCAAAUUCACAACAGCAGCAUUCAAAACAGAAUGAUGUUACAAUAUCGUUUUUAAGAGCUGCUCGCAGUGGUGAACUAAGUAAAGUGGUGGAAUUCUUAGAAACUGGCCAAAUUACAGACAUCAACACCUGCAACGCUAAUGGUUUGAAUGCAUUACAUUUGGCAGCCAAAGAUGGUUACGUCGAUAUAGUGGCUGAGCUAUUGAGACGAGGCAUACGGGUGGAUAAUGCGACGAAAAAGGGAAACACCGCCUUACAUAUAGCUUCCUUAGCAGGGCAAAAGGAAGUUAUCAAGUUGCUUAUUCAGUACAAUGCGAAUGUUAAUAUUCAAUCAUUGAAUGGAUUUACACCACUGUAUAUGGCCGCUCAAGAGAAUCAUGAUGCAUGCGUACGAUUUUUGCUCUCCAAGGGAGCAAAUCCCUCAUUGGCCACCGAAGACGGUUUUACACCUUUGGCCGUGGCCAUGCAGCAGGGUCAUGACAAAGUUGUAGCGGUAUUGCUGGAAAGUGACGUGCGUGGCAAGGUUCGUUUGCCUGCUUUGCACAUUGCAGCAAAGAAAAAUGAUGUCACUGCAGCGAACAUGUUACUACAGCAUGAAUCUAACCCCGAUAUUGUAUCCAAGUCGGGAUUUACGCCGUUGCAUAUUGCGGCACAUUACGGCAAUGUAGACGUGGCCAAAUUGUUAAUAGAGCUUGGAGCAGAUGUAAAUUUUACGGCUAAACAUAAUAUUACACCCUUACAUGUGGCUUGCAAAUGGGGGAAGACAAACAUAAUGAAACUGUUGCUGGAAGAAAACGCACGCAUCGAUGCUACGACGCGCGACGGUCUCACACCGUUGCACUGUGCCGCACGUUCGGGUCAUGUGGAAGUUAUUGAAAUUUUGCUAGAUCAUCAAGCGCCGAUACUGUCGAAAACGAAAAAUGGAUUGGCUGCCUUGCAUAUGGCAGCUCAGGGGGAACAUGAUAAUGCCGCACGUAUUCUCCUCGAACACAAUGCCCCUGUCGAUGAGGUGACUGUGGACUAUCUGACCGCUUUGCAUGUAGCUGCGCACUGUGGCCACGUACGUGUGGCAAAAUUGCUGUUGGACUCUAAAGCAGAUCCCAAUGCCCGGGCUUUGAAUGGUUUUACACCGCUACACAUUGCCUGCAAGAAGAAUCGAAUAAAGAUUGUAGAAUUGUUGUUGAAGCAUGGUGGCAACAUCAGUGCUACCACAGAGUCUGGCUUGACUCCUUUACAUGUUGCCAGUUUCAUGGGCUGCAUGAAUAUUGUUAUAUAUUUGCUGCAACACGAUGCUAACCCCGAUGCUCCUACAGUGCGUGGCGAGACACCGCUUCACUUAGCCGCUCGUGCCAAUCAAACUGACAUCAUUCGCAUUUUAUUGCGCAAUGGUGGUCAAGUAGAUGUGCGAGCCCGCGAAGGCCAAACGCCAUUACAUGUGGCUUCACGUCUAGGCAAUAUUGACAUUAUUAUGUUAAUGCUACAGCAUGGUGCAGACGUGGAUGCAACUACUAAGGAUAAUUACACUCCUCUUCACAUUGCAGCCAAAGAAGGCCAAGAAGAGGUGGCGCAAAUUUUAAUCGAAAAUAAUGCCAAAUUAGAUGCUGUUACUAAAAAAGGCUUCUCCCCUCUGCACUUGGCGGCCAAGUAUGGCAAAGAGAAAGUAGUGGCUUUGCUUUUGCAAAAAAGCGUUAAUGUGAAUUGCCAAGGACGCAAUGAUGUGACACCUUUGCAUGUAGCAGCACACUACGAUCAUCCCCGUGUAGUGCAGCUGCUGCUAGAAAAUGGUGCCUCGCCUUCACUAAGCGCUCGAAAUGGACAUAGUCCCCUACAUAUCGCCGCCAAGAAAAAUCAGAUGGACAUCGCUCAAUCUUUGCUACAACAUGGUGCAGAUGUUAAUGUACAUAGUAAAUCCGGCUUUUCGCCCUUACAUUUGGCUGCCCAAGAGGGUCAUAUUGAAAUGGUACAAUUGUUAUUAGAGCAUGGUGAGGAUGCUAACGUUGCCGCCAAAAAUGGCUUGACACCUUUACAUCUAGCCGCCCAAGAAGACAAAACGGAAGUGGCUCGUUUGCUUUUGCAACACAAUGCCAACAUAUCUGAGCGCACGAAAACCGGUUAUUCGCCGUUGCACUUUGCCGCCCAUUAUGGUCAAAUUAAUAUGGUGAAAUUUCUAUUGGAAAAUGACGCCAACAUAGAAAUGUCAACUAAUGUUGGUUACACUCCGUUGCACCAAGCAGCGCAACAGGGACACACAAUGAUAAUCAAUUUGCUGUUGAGACACAAAGCAAAUCCUAAUGCUGUUACAAAUAACGGCCAAACCGCUCUAAGCAUUGCAAAUAGUUUGGGUUACGUUACUGCGGUGGAAACUUUAAAAGUUGUUACUGAGACCUCAAUCACCAAUAGUUUGACCGGCGUUUUGGAAGAAAAAAAAUAUAAAGUUGUUGCACCAGAGUUAAUGCAUGAAGCAUUUCUCUCCGAUUCCGAAGACGAAGGUGGCGACGAGCAUUUAGAUCAUCAUCAAUAUAAAUACAUGGCUACCGAUGAUUUGAAAGCCUCAAAUGAUCAGGAUCAUCAAAAUUAUGAUACUACCAUUACCACUGAACAAGAUCAUGUUGACAAUGCUAGUUAUGCCAUGAGGGAUCCAAAUAAAGGGGAAGUCAAUGAGAGCAUUCAAGCUUCCCAUCAGUAUGCUCUUAAAUCCGAUAAUGUGGCCAUUACAAAGCCACCCGUGCAUUUAGGAUUCUUGGUUUCAUUUAUGGUGGAUGCCCGUGGUGGUUCCAUGCGUGGUUGUCGUCACAGUGGUGUACGUAUUAUUGUGCCACCAAAAUCAUGUGCCCAACCAACACGUAUCACCUGUCGCUAUGUUAAACCAAACCGUGUCCAUUAUCCACCACCACUAAUGGAAGGUGAAGCUCUAAUUAGCAGAAUUUUAGAACUGUCCCCUGUGGAGGCAAAAUUUUUAGGGCCAGUAAUCUUGGAAGUUCCACAUUUCGGAUCGCUGCGUGACAAAGAACGUGAAAUUAUAAUUUUGCGCUCCGAUAAUGGUGAAAGUUGGCGAGAACAUACCCUUUACGAAAAGGAAGAGUCGGUACUCGAGGUACUGCAAGAUACCAUGGAAACUGAAUUGAGUCCUUUGGAGGACUUACGCACAAAUCGGAUCAUUCGUAUUGUUACUCGUAAUUUUCCACAUUUCUUUGCUGUAGUAUCUCGUAUACGACAGGAGGUACAUGCUAUUGGUUCUGAUGGUGGUACUGUAUCCUCACAAGCCGUACCCCAGGUUCAGGCAAUAUUUCCGCCAAAUGCAUUGACGAAGAAAAUUCGAGUCGGUCUUCAGGCACAGCCAGUUGAUUUGAACGAUUGUUGCAAAUUGCUUGGCCAAGGCGUGGCUGUGUCGCCAGUUGUGACUGUGGAACCGCGACGCCGUAAGUUCCAUAAAGCCAUCACUCUCAGCAUACCGGCACCAAAAGCUUGUACCCAGGGUAUGGUGAAUUCGCCUUACACUGGUAACGCUCCCACGUUACGUCUCCUAUGCUCGAUUACUGGAGGCCAGAAUCGUGCUAUUUGGGAAGAUGUUACCGGUUCAACGCCUCUAGCAUUUGUUAAGGACAGCGUGACUUUUACCACCACGGUGUCGGCUCGUUUCUGGCUGAUGGAUUGUCGCAAUAUUGCCGAAGCCAGUCGCAUGGCCUCCGAACUGUACUCUUAUAUGGCGCUUGUACCAUUCCGAGCCAAAUUUGUGGUGUUUGCCAAGCGCAUUUCUCCAAAUGAAGCCAAACUAUCAAUAUUUUGUAUGACCGACGACAAGGAAGACAAAACCUUAGAGCACCAGGACAACUUCACCGAAGUGGCCAAGAGUCGCGAUGUUGAGGUUUUGGAGGAUCAGGAUAUUUACUUGGAAUUUGGAGGUAACUUGGUACCUGUACUCAAAACUGGCGAACAACUCAGUCUUAAGUUCCAAGCCUUCCGCGAAAAUCGUCUGUCGUUUAUGGUGCACGUGAAGAAUCCGGACGAACCGUUCGCACGUAUAAGUUUUAUGAAUGAACCCAAAACCGGGCAGGGCGAAGCGCCAAAACAACCCAUUUGCAUACUAAACAUUUCCCUACAGGACACUGGAGUUGAUUUGGCUGCGAAUAAAGGGAACAUUGCUGCUGGUAGCCAGCGUAGCAUCAACAGUAUUAACUUUGUAGACCAAGGUCUCAACCAACGCGAUCAAAUCAAUGCCGAAUACAAGAAAAAGUACAAUGAACGUGAAAUUCAACAGCCGAACGGUGAAUCGAAGCAAAAUAACGAAACAAUUCACAAGGCCGAUAUGCAUCUGUCCCAUAUAUGUCAAUUGCUAGAGGACGAUUGGAUGCCAUUGGCCAAAGAAUUGGGUGUACCCGAGACCGACAUCGAACUUAUCAAUGCUGAAUAUGCGGACGAUAAGAUUCAAAAUCAACGUGCAAUGGUCAUGUUACGUUUAUGGCUGCGUCAACAGGGCAACGAAGCCACUGGCAACAAAUUGCAGCAGGCUCUCAAGAAAAUUGGACGUGACGAUAUUUUUAAUAUAUGCAUCGAUAAUGUUGAGCCCGUCACCGACAUCAUGGAAAGAACAAAAGCCGAAAAACAACUAUUACAAGACGGUCUAGAAGGCAUCACAGAUUUCAUCAAUGAAGUGGCCUUAACAGUCCAACCAACAAAUAAAACUGCCGCUAUUGAAGUAAAUGAAGCACCAAUAAUUAAAGAAAAAGUUAUAAAAAAAAAAGUUACGACUAUUGUUCUCAAUGAUCAGCCAAACGAACAACAACUGCAACAAGUAAUACAAGAUCAAAUAGAUGAAGAGAAGAGUGUAUCACCUCCUAUAACUGAUAUUGUAAGCGAUAUAAAAUUGACUAGUGAUGGUGACGAUCAAGCAUAUGACAUCGAUACAAUACGACGCAUAGCGGAGGAACACACACUUCAAGUGCUAGAAGAAGCCCAGCAGAAUAUUGAAAAUAAUGAUAUGUUGCAAAAACUUCAAGCCAAAGUACCAGAAAGUGCCGAUCAACUAUCCGAUAGUAAAGAGACAAGUAUCGUCAUAAAAACUAGUGAUGAUGGCAAAGCCCUGACAACUACAACCAUGACAGUGGAGAAAUUUGAAAGUGAACCUAUGGAAGUUUCAACUUUGAACGAUUCGCAACUCAUGUUUUCGCAACCCGAAGAUCAGUUAUUGGCUGCCACUGUAGACGCUCUAAAAACUGGAAAUAAUGUUAUAUCCAUUACACAGUCGCUUUUAAGCGAGGAAACUGGAAAUGGUAUCAAUAAUGAACAUGAACAUGAGCAUGACGAUUCUAAACUGAAUAAUGGUGAUAUAGCAAGAAACCGAAACUGAAAAAAUCCACUUAGAAUAAAAUCAUUUGAUUAAUUUUUUUCAAUAAAACUGCAUACAUAUGUGUACAAUUAAAACAUCUCUUUAUGAAUUCUACAAUUAAAAUGCAAACAAAAAUAAAAAUAUUUAUAUUUAUCAUAUAUAGUAUAUAGUUAUAAAAAUAUACCAAGUAUAUUCAAAAAAUAAAAAUAUAUUGAAAACAAAUAAAAUAUGCAUUGUGAAUCAAA